AGGCGCCGAGGAGCCGCGGAGUCCGGAGGAGCGGGAGGAGCCCGAGGCCGGAGCACGGGCCGCGCUGCGCGGCGGAGCCCGGGGGAGCAGCCGGCUGGCGGGCGGUAGGGGCUGCAGCUCCGGCCCGCCAGCCCCUCGUCCCCUCCCCGCCCCCGCCCGGAGCCCCGCCCCGCCUGCACUGAACCCCGGCGCACGCAAGCAGCCCGCGGCCGGCCCCGCGCCUGCCGAGUUGAGAUGGGGGUCCGCAGCAGCCGCCCGGCGCCCGAGAGGCCACCUGCGUGCUAGAGCAAACUUUUGUCUCCCUCGGAGCUUUUGCUCUUGGUCAACCUUGAGGCAUAGAGACAGAGAGAGAGACAGAGAUCCCACAGCACCAAAGUUUUCUCCAUUGUGGUGGAGGCCAAGCGUGACCCUGGAUUGCAGGCAUGACGGAGCAGGUGCACAAUCCAGGGCGAACCCCCUCCCAGGACUAUGAGCUACUAAGAUGGAGACCCCUGCCUCGGCCCUCACCACGGAGAAGAGAGAAGUCAAGAGCAGCAUCCUGGAGGGCGCAGCUUUCCCCGACCCGGGCAGGAAGGCCUCUGCCCUUGCUGUGGCCGCCGCGGCUGCUGUCGCUGCCCAAGGAGGGCCGCAGCACCUAUUCCCGCCGUUCCACGCUCCCUUACCCAUUGACAUGAGACACCAGGAGGGAAGGUACCAUUACGAGCCUCACUCUGUCCACGGUGUGCACGGGCCUCCCACUCUGAGCGGCAGUCCUGUCAUCUCCGACAUCUCGCUGAUCCGGCUGUCCCCACACCCUGCUGGUCCCGGGGAGUCCCCGUUCAAUGCCCCCCACCCCUACAUGAGCCCCCACGUGGAGCAUUACCUCCGAGCCAUGCACAGCAGCCCCACGCUCCCCACAAUCUCAGCGACCCGGGGCCUCAGCCCUGCUGAUGUGGCCCAUGAGCAUCUGAAAGAGAGGGGACUAUUUGGCCUCCCGCCUCCGGGGACCAACCCCUCAGACUAUUACCACCAGAUGAGCCUCAUGGCGGCACACCCCACACCCUAUGGGGACCUGCUGAUGCAAAGUGGGGGUGCUGCCGGAACACCCCAUCUCCACGACUACCUCAAUCCAGUGGAUGUGUCACGGUUCUCCAGCCCACGGGUGACACCGCGCCUGAGCCGGAAGCGGGCCCUGUCCAUCUCCCCGCUGUCAGACGCCAGCCUGGACCUGCAGCGGAUGAUCCGGACCUCCCCCAACUCCCUGGUGGCCUACAUCAACAACUCGCGCAGCAGCUCAGCGGCCAGCGGCUCUUAUGGGCACCUGUCGGCGGGAGGCCUCAGCCCAGCCUUUAGCUUCCCGCAUCCCAUCAACCCCAUGGCCUACCAGCAGAUCCUGAGCCAGCAGAGGGGCCUAGGCUCUGCCUUUGGACACACACCGCCCCUGAUCCAGCCGUCGCCUACCUUCCUGGCCCAGCAGUCCAUGGCCCUCACCUCCAUCAAUGCCACACCCACCCAGAUCAGCAACAGCAACUGCUUAAGCGAUUCGAACCAGGCUCUCCUGUGCUUCCCUCCCCAGAGCAAGCAGAGCAGCGAGUCAGCCGUGAGCAGCACCGUCAACCCCAUCGUGAUUCAUAAGCGCAGCAAGGUCAAGACUGAGGUCGAGGGCCUGCGGCCAGCCUCCCCCUUAACACAGGAGCAGCUGGCCGACCUCAAGGAGGACCUAGACAGGGACGACUGCAAGCAAGAGGCUGAGGUGGUCAUAUAUGAGACCAACUGCCACUGGGAAGACUGCUCCAAGGAGUUCGACACUCAGGAGCAGCUGGUGCACCACAUCAACAACGAGCAUAUCCACGGGGAGAAGAAGGAGUUUGUGUGCCGCUGGCAGGCCUGCUCAAGGGAACAGAAGCCCUUCAAGGCCCAGUACAUGCUGGUGGUGCACAUGCGCAGACACACCGGAGAGAAGCCCCACAAGUGCACGUUUGAAGGCUGCUCAAAGGCCUACUCCCGCCUGGAGAAUCUGAAGACGCACCUGCGGUCUCACACCGGGGAGAAGCCAUACGUAUGUGAGCACGAGGGCUGCAACAAGGCCUUCUCGAACGCCUCGGACCGCGCCAAGCACCAGAACCGCACCCACUCCAAUGAGAAACCCUACAUCUGCAAGAUCCCAGGCUGCACCAAACGCUACACAGACCCAAGCUCUCUCCGGAAGCACGUCAAGACAGUGCACGGCCCAGAUGCACACGUCACCAAGAAGCAACGAAAUGACAUGCACCUCCGCACCCCCCUGCUCAAGGAGAACGGGGAUGGUGAGGCCAGCACUGAGCCCGGCGGCCGAGGCUCAGAGGAGAGUGCAGAGGCCAGCAGUACCAGCCAGGCUGUGGAGGACUGCCUGCACGUGAAAGCCAUCAAGUCCGAGACCAGCCACGGGCUGUGUCAGUCCAGCCCCGGGGCCCAGUCCUCCUGCAGCAGUGAGCCCUCACCGCUGGGCAGUGCCCCCAACAAUGACAGCGGUGUGGAGAUGCCCGGGACGGGGCCCGGGAGCCUGGGAGACCUGACAUCCCUGGAUGACACAGGCCCAGGGCCUGAUGCCUCGACCCUGGCCGCCCCCUCUGCUGGUGGCCUGCAGCUGCGCAAACACAUGACCACCAUGCACCGGUUUGAGCAGCUCAAGAAGGAGAAGCUCAAGUCACUCAAGGAUUCCUGCUCGUGGGCUGGGCCAGCUCCACACGCCCGGAGCACCAAGCUACCUCCUCUCCCGGGAAGUGGCUCCAUCCUGGAAAACUUCGGCGGCGGAGGGCCGGCGGCGCUGCAGCCCACCCCGCGUCUGCAGGGCCUGUCGGGACUGUCAGCUGGCGAGGUGACCCUGCUGAGCCAGCUGCAGGAACGGCGUGACAGCUUGGCCAGCACGGUCAGCUCGGCCUACACCGUGAGCCGCCGCUCGUCGGGCAUCUCCCCCUCCUUCUCCAGCCGCCGUUCCAGCGAGGCGUCGCCCCUGGGUGCGAGCCGCCCCCACCCCGCCAGUUCGGCCGACUCCUACGACCCCAUCUCCACCGACGCGUCCCGGCGCUCCAGCGAGGCCAGCCAGUGCAGCGGCGCGGGCUCCGGCCUGCUGCACCUCACGCCCGCCCAGCAGUACAGCCUGAGGGCCAAGUACGCGGCGGCCACAGGCGGCCCCCCGCCCACCCCGCUGCCCGGCCUGGAGCGCCGGGGCCUGCGCGCCCGCCUGGCACUGCUGGACGCGCCCCCGGAGCGCACGCCGCCCGCCGCCUGUGCGCGCCCCCUCGCUCCGCACCCCCUGGCCCUGGCCCCGCGCCGGGGCAGCGACGGGCCGACCUUCGCGCACUCGGGGCCCGCACCCGCCUUCCCCCACGAGGCCCCGGGCGGGAUGCGGCGGGCCAGCGACCCUGUGCGGAGGCCCGAGGCCCUGGCACCCGCGCGUGUGCAGCGCUUCCACAGCGCGCACGAUGUCAACCCCGCCCAGGAGAGGCGCGGCCUCCGCCCUCAAGGCCUGGAGCGCACUGCCUCCUACUCGCCCCGGCCGCCCAGCAUUAGCGAGAACGCGGUGAUGGAGGCCAUUGCCGCGGGGCCCGAGGCCAGCCUGGGGCUGCCGGACGACCUGGUGCUGCCAGACGACGUGGUGCAGUACAUCAAGGCUCGCACUGGCGGGGCUUUGCAAGAGGGCGGCCCGCAGGCCUAUCCCCCUGAGACCAGCUGCUUCUCUGAGAACCCCAAGCUGCCCAGCCCCGGGUUGCACGGCCAGCGCAGGCUGGUGGCCGCGGACUCCAACGUGGGCCCCUCGGCACCGGCCCUGGGAGACUGCCAGCUGGGCUACGGGGCCCCCUCCGGCCUGAGCAAGAGCAACAUGCCUGUGCAGUGGAAUGAGGUGAGCUCCGGCACCGUGGACACCCUGCCCAGCCAGGCGAAGCCUCCGUCCUUCCCUCAGGGCAACUUGGCUGUGGUGCAGCAGAAGCCGGCCUUUGGCCAGUACCCAGGCUACAGUCCACAGGGCCUGCAGCCUAACCCUGGGGGGCUGGACAGCACACAGCCACACCUCCAGCCCUGCAGUGGAGGCCCCUCCAUGUCCAGGACCAAUUACAUGCAUCAGCUGCGACAGCCGGUGUCAGGGGGCCAGUGUCCCAGCAUGACCACCACUGUGAGUCCCCACAGCACCUAUGGCCAAGCCCAGGCCCAGCUGAACCUGGCUACCAUGGGUGGGGCCUUGAACCAGUUCCCCCCAUCUUGCAGCAACAUGGCAACCAAGCCAGGCCACCUGGAGCUCCCCCAGCAGAUGGAUAUUGCCCCCAAUCCCGCCAUGAUGGGCAGCAGCCACAGGGAACUUGGGGUUCCUGGUGCCACCCUGGCUGGGAUGCCACCACAUCCCCCAGCCCAGAGCUACCCACAGCAGAACCAACACCUGGCAGCUCCCAUGGGUCAGGAUGGCUACCGCCAGGGCCCUGGUCUCCUGCCCUCUCACCAGACGGGCUUCCUGGAGCCCCAGCAGGGUACCAUGGGGCAGGCUGAAUCAAACUUUGGCUUAGUACAGCCUCGACCACCUCCUGAGCCUAACCUUGCUGGACGACCCCGUGGGGUCCGUGCCGGGCAGCAACUGGCCUAUGCCAGGGCAGCCAGCCAUGCCAUGAAUUCUGUGCCAGCCAACCAGGAGAUGAUGGAAUCUGGGCCUAAGGGAGUAAUGGCCACCAUGGUGUCACUGCCUCCUCAGCCACCCCCUCAAGACACCAGUGGAACCCAAGACCACAAUAUGCUCUACUAUUAUGGCCAGAUCCACAUGUAUGAACAGAAUGGGGCAAUGGUGAACCACAUGGGCUGCCAGGUCAUGCAGCCGCAGCCACCUCAGUCCCAGGCCUGUGCAGACAGCGUCCAGCCACAGCCCUUGCCCUCCCCAGGGGUCAACCAGGUGUCCAGCACAGUCGACUCCCAGCUCCUGGAGGCCCCUCAGAUUGAUUUCGAUGCCAUCAUGGAUGAUGGUGAUCACUCCAGCUUGCUGUCAGGUGCCCUGAGCCCCAGCCUCCUGCACAACCUCUCUCAGAACUCCUCACGCCUCACUACCCCCAGGAACUCCCUGACCCUACCCUCUAUCCCUGCGGGCAUCAGCAACAUGGCCGUAGGGGACAUGAGCUCCAUGCUCACCAGUCUGGCUGAGGAGAGCAAGUUUCUGAACAUGAUGACCUAAGGCCCCAUCCCUGAUGCUCAGCAGAGGAGGAAGAAACAUCACCCCGGAGCCUGAGGGAUUUUGUCCCUCCCUUUCAUCUUUCUCCAGAAGAGUGUUAAAUCUGCCUGAGGGAGUUUUGCCAAUGGCUGGUUUGGGCCACAGAUGCUUUAAGGGCAGCUUUGUGUGUAUCCUGUCUGGUCUUCUUUUGGAAUCCCCCCGCCCACCCCCCACCCCGGACUGUGGAAAACAGUCUUAGCGGGAAAAGCAAGGCAGGAAUGAGAAACUCAUUUACACAGUGGUUCCCAGCCUUCAGUGUUUAUAGCACCACUCUGCUCUGGCUUCUUCAACUCUUGUCAUUUAGCUAAUGAGGGAUUGCACCAGCCAAGGGCUUUCCAAGUACAAGAGAAAAGGGAGGUGGACUAGCCACACUUGGGUUUGAAUCUGAAAGCCAUAUUGGAUAUUCCAAUCCAGGAAGAGACUCUUUUUAUUCCAGUACCUGCAAGGAAAAGGAAUUCCUGGCCCACUGGAAUUCUAUGAAACUGAAUUCUUAAGGCCUCUGACGUAUGUCUCUUGCCACCAAGGAAAAACACAGUUUUACCUGGAUGAUUUGGAGGUACGUGCUGAUUCCAAUUGAGGUAGAACUGGUGUCUCUACCCACAAAGCUGCCUUUGCCACUGGCAGGUCGUGCAAGUGUAUAUGAGUAAUCACACAUAGAAGUAUUGUCAGAAAAAGGAAAGAAUUGUGUUUUCAACACAUGGGGCAAAUCCAGAAGCUGCCCUGUGCCCUCCAGACCAUGUUUACAGUGUUCCUGCAUGUAGAAUGUAGUCCUCCCUGAAAAAGAACACGGUUUUCUAAAUACCUCGGGGCUGCUGGAGCUGCUAUGGGAUAGGGAUGGCCCUAGAUGAGCCCCAUGUGGGAUUGGGGGCUCAAGAAAGGGAGAGUUCAUGCAGGGCCCAGCCCCAGGCAGCGCUGGAAGGCUCCCUGUAGGAAGUAGAAGUCGCAUGUUUACCCAAACCUGUUUUUCCAAUGCACUAUCUGCCCACUUAUCCACAACCCACCCCAGGGCUUGAUGGCAGCUUCCACACAGGCUCCUCUAAACCACACUGUGUGCUCACCAACAGCCAAGAAGCAAUGGGCAAUUUCUGGAUCAUCUAGAUUCCCUGCUCUCCUGGCUCCUGUCACCAGAAACUAGGACAUGUGCGGUGUUUGGGUGGGAUGGGAGGGCAAGGGGACUGAACCUGGGAUCUCUCUGAGGCACCAUCCCUGGUGAGACUGAAAUGGAAUCUGGACCUGAAAUCAGAAAACAUCACUCCUGAAUACACUGUACAGGGGUGCACCCCCGCGCCCCCCCCCACACACACACACUGCCCGCACCCAGACCUUUUGUUGAAUCCCUGGAGACCUUGUCUAAACCACUGCACCACUAUCACUACAAGCUGGAUUCUGACCGAUCCCUGGCUAUAGCCAGGACAGGACAAAAACCGUACCAAUGCUUCUUUAGGGUCCAAAGUCAAGGCCAAAUCCAAAUAACAGCCCUGGGGACCUCUAAGGGCCCAAGCUCAGUGGUGAGGUCCCAUGUCUUCCCGGAGCAGGGAUUCUGCUAGUCGCUGCCAACCUGUAUAUAGUCUGUACAGAAGACAUCAUGCCAGAGGACACUGUAGGUGAAUCAUGCAGCCAGAUUUAUAUCUCCAAAAAACAUUUGUAGCUUUUUCUACAUGCUAUGAAUUGAGAUGACAUGCUCAACCUGUAAAUACAUCUUUUGUACAUUAAAAAAGUAAUUUUUUCAUAA